AGUGGUACGACAAAUAUUAUAUAUCUUUAUUUAUAUGUACUUAGCCACAGUGUAGUAAGUAGUAAUUUUUUGAUGUUUCUUCAUUUUUUUCAUCUCGUCGAUCGUAAAUACUAGUACCUUGAACAACUUGACUCAUACACCUGGUGAUGGAAGUGGAAUAUCAAUAAAGAGGCUAUCUUAAUCUUUCUAGUAUUUUGUCACGAUGCUUGCCGACAUCAUGGAGCCAUCGUCUUCGAACAGUGAAGCGGACAGAGAUCCAGGUGAUGGUACGAACAGCCAGGCAUCUGGUGGAGGUGCUGGUGGCAGCCGCAUCUUCUACAUAACCGAGGAGGAGCUAAUGCGCAUCCGCAAUCCGGAAUUGGUCACUCAAAUCUCCGCAAAGCAGGACUUGUACAAUCCCCGUGCCAUCUUGCAAGACUUGUUGCAGAAACAUCCGGACGUACUGACACAGCGUGAUGCGGUGGAUGACACGGACUCGGUGGUCAACAACAUGUCCUCACGCUCGACUGGAGGUGCUGGUGCUGGGUCCUACAAUACUGGCUUCCCAGGUUCGGGUGGCAUACCAGCUCCUGGAACGUCUACUAGCGCGAUUGGGGGAACAUCCUUUCUGAUUAGUACGGGCGCAAGUGGUGCUGUAAGUAGCACAGCGCAGUCGAAGGAACACCCCAGCAGUUCGACUCCCCGCUUCAAUAUCAGUGGUGGCAGCGCGAGCAAUAUUGCGGCUCUGAUCCCUGGUCGCCAAUCUGCCUCACAACUACAACCGCCUCCACGAAGCUCUGCUCUCAACUUGGACAAUCUCUCAGCAGACACACCGGGUCGUUGGCGCACGGAUAUGACACCGCAUUACAGCGGUGUUGACGGAUCUCCUGUACUAUGCCUCUUGAACAAGGCUUGUUAAGAAAAGUAUCGUAGACAUACAGUUCGAAGAGGACCUCUCGCAAAUCACGAACACAAUUCAUCUUGAGGAGAUUAUAGUGGAGCCAACUCAAAAACCUCUGAGUCGAUUCAUCGUGAUGAUGAAAUCGAUUUGCCAGUACUAAUACUGUUUGCCUCUGUGCCUGUGCUCGUAAUCUGCAUCAUGCGGUUACUUAAUUUAUUAAGCUAUUAACCACAUCCCACUCGAUCUCGAUCUUCAGGCAGUGGGAGACUACAUGGAGGCAGCCAACGUCGUCGACUCUCCCUAUUCGCCGGAACGAAUUGCACCUCCUCGAAAUUCAAGGAACGAUAUUCGGGGCUCACCCUCGCGCUUUGGUUACACAAGUCCAAACAACCACGCACAAUUUGGUCGACAACUACAACAAAAGUAUCAUGUUUUUAUACGAGAAAGUGUUGCUUCUUAGUUAGGCUCUUCCCAGUUAUUUUCAUACUAGAAAGUAAGCUCAUCUAUGAGGAGAAAAAUACCCGCUAGAGAUGGAUACAACAACAAUACUGAAAGAAAAACUUGUUCUUCUACAUUGUUGAUUGCAACAAAGAAGCAGAAAAAGAAAUUGUUUGCGUAGUCAGAACGCAAGUUCAACGACCAUUUUACAAUGCAGGCUCGACGAUUUGCCGCCUUGUCAUCUGCAACUAUCAGGAGAGGAGUACACCGCGCUUUUGCAGGUGCUGAGUAAUGACAGCUUGAUUCAAAAGCAUUCCGUGCUGUCGUCUUUACGACAGACGCUGUCAAGUAGCUCCGCUGCAGUUGGAUCCGAUGUAGGUGGGUUUAACGGCGGAGGCGGUGCAGACGCCGAUCGCAGCGCGGGAGGCGGAGGCCAGGCAAACUACUCCUUAGGCGUUGGAGGUGGGGCCAGCGCAAGUAGUUCGUCCCUCGUUGCAAAUGGUUCCGCGCGCAAGCGGCAAAUGCUCCAGCAAAACGGUGGAAAGUCAAGCUAUCUCGCGAAUGCAAUGGGUGGAUCGCAGGGGAGAGCUGUCAGAGGUACUUAUUUUUUAGUAAUCUAAGAGAAUAUCCUCCUCGCACCACGACGAAUAGGGCAGUGUGGCAUAACCAUAGCUAUCUUGAAUUCACCGCCUAUUUGUACAGCCAUGAAAAGUAGAGUCUUCUUUUCUCCUGUGCUCAGAUGUCAAUCCGGCCUUCGGCUGCACCCCACCUGGUGGCUCCAGCGCGGACGAAACGGCAGAUCCUAGUAUGGGUGGUAUGGGAAGGUGUCGGGAGAACGCCACCGAUGGAGAGAUGUCGGUUGCGGGUGCGAGCGCUGCCUCUGCCAGCUCAGCUGCCAGUGGCACAAAUGGUUCAGCGAGGCAAGGAAGCAAGCUCGGGCUGGCAAAAAACAAACAGAAUAUUGUGGCACCACCAACGAAUAGCCCAGAAAGCGAACUGGUUGACGGCCUCCAGAGCUACGACGACGUGGACCGGGAGUUGCGGAUUCGGUAGCAACUUGUUUGUUGAUCUUGUUCCUCUUCUAUUUCGUCCCGAGUAUCACUAUCUAUCACCAUCACCUGCUGAGUUCUAUGAGUGAGAGGAUUUUGAUAUUGAUUUAUUAUGGAGAAAAUUCAACUAAGGACUGCAAAAAUCCGGACAAAGUUCAAUCUUCUCGGGCAUGAUACGAAUCCGCAGAACACUCGCCGCCUACUGCGCUCCCCUCUGGAAAACCCUCACCCAAUUGCGAGCCAAGAACCUCGGGCGCCCUCCAAAUCCCCGCGCCCCUCCAGAAUCCCCCAGCAUACAUUUGCAGGCUGGUGCGGUGGACUCUGGAGGGGCGCGGGGACUCACAUGAAACGAAACCAAACGACAGAAAAACCAAGAGGAAACAAGUUACAAAAGUCGCUAAGCGGAGCACUUGCAGGACGAGGAGGCGACAAUAAAGACCGUUUUUGUGCAGUUCUUAGUUGACUUAGCGCCAUUCUAAUCAGCCACCUGCGGAAGCACCAGAGGCACAGCGAGCACGCCACACCAUCGAAACUUAACAAAAAGAGGAGGCGCAAGCCCUUGGGAAUUCAGGCGGCAACCGGUCCAGCCCUUCUUGAAAAACGCCACGAAAUUGAAUAAGCCUCUCUAUUGUUUGCCGGGUUCCCGCUCGCAAGGCCAUUUUUGGAAAAAAAAUCUGAAGACAUCUUUUCAGUUUUUUCAUCAAAAAUGGCCUAGCGAGCGGGAACCCGGCAAACAGUAGAGAGGUUUAUUCAAUUCCGGCGAAACCUCCGCAAAGUUGUCCGCUGAAAUACUUCAAAAGAGUGCGGACAACGCCAGCAAACGCCCCCGACAAUCUGCGCACACACGGCGGCGCGCGUGAGUGGUCUGACCAUUUAAGGGCGGCGGCGCGUCUUUCUUCUUUGUUACUAAUCCCACCCGGCGCGAGAGCCUCGGGGCGCCGGGUGGUCAAAAGUCCAACACUUAACAACAUGAAAAGACCCAAGAACGAAGAACCUCGGGCGGAGUGUCUCAAACCUCUCCGAUUAUGGCGAAAAAUUCGACCACAGACAAGUGGAGUUAGAAUGGAGAAAAUUCAUCUAAGGACUGCAAAAAUCCGGACAAAAUUCAAUCUUCUCGGGCAUGAUACGAAUCCGCAGAACACUCGCCGCCUACUGCGCUCCCCUCUGGAAAACCCUCACCCAAUUGCGAGCCAAGAACCUCGGGCGCCCUCCAAAUCCCCGCGCCCCUCCAGAAUCCCCCAGCUAGCAUACAUUUGCAGGCUGGUGCGGUGGACUCUGGAGGGGCGCGGGGACUCACAUGAAACGAAACCAAACGACAGAAAAACCAAGAGGAAACAAGUUACAAAAGUCGCUAAGCGGAGCACUUGCAGGACGAGGAGGCGACAAUAAAGACCGUUUUUGUGCAGUUCUUAGUUGACUUAGCGCCUAUGUAAUUUCCUCACGUCGGUCGACCUUAUCUGUCAGCCACGACUCUAUCUCCCAACAGGACUACUCGAACGAGUUGCCCCGGGUCUGAUCCGGCAUCGCCGACGCCGUCAAGUAGUUUUGGGGGUUUCAGUUAUGUCAGUCCGGCAUCGUGGCGAAGUCCCGGGGAUUUGCGAACCGGUUUGAAGCCUCCAGUGUCAUCGGUUGCGGAAACAUCACCGGCAUCAAGCAUGAAGGUAAGAUACUUCCAUUUCUUUGAUUGCUAGUUUCACCUUGUUGGCUUAUCUUCUCGUUCUGUGAGUGAUUACUUAUUCAAUAUUUGCAUUCGGCUUUUGCGAUCUUGUAGCAAGUUCUUGUGUUGCACUCACAUUUUUCAGGUUUCGUCACAAUCGCAUCACCUGGCGAACCUGCCAGAUCCGAAGUUAGUGUCUGCUCUGUCGCAUUUGGACGGCUGUGGGUUCGGGGAUGUGGCACCGUGCUCAACAGAGGUAACUAGCCCCGCCGACCCUGAGCAGAUCAUGACUGGGGGCGGAUUUCACCCUGUCUCUUCUAGCAAACACUAUAAACCUUUAGGCAUUAUCCGCCCAAGCGAACAAAUCAUACCGGAGGAAUAGUCGUAAGGAAAGAAGAGAGGUGAGAAGCGGAGCUUUUUUGUGUUGGGCCAAUAUUUUUUCAGUAUUUUUUCCAAAACCAAGAACUACAUGACUAGCAAGUGCGAGGAAAUGUACUUCUUUCAUAUUUUCACUCGAAAAUAUAAGUAAACAUGGAUUUGGAUGGUCAUUUUUGAAUUUUGAGUAUCGUGCAAGAUUGCCCAGUAGUACUAGUACGAGUAUAAUUUCCCAUCGUAUGCGUACGCGUGGAAGCGAUAGUUGGCAGAUCGUGAUGAUCUUUAUAGAGGAGCGGGAGUGGCGGGUCAUAUAAAAUGUCGUCCAAACUACCAUGUUUUUUUGAGAAGUGAAUUCUGCGACAAGAUGGGAAAUUUCUGCAGUGAAGACACCGGAUCGCCUCAGUGGACACAUACCAGUCUGUCACGAUUAUGGCAUUCUCGUACUACGAUAAUGCACUAAGGAUUCUUCUUAAAAAAUAAGUCAAUCAUUCAUUGAAUGACGAAUAGAUUUACUGACUCAAGAAAAUUCUAUCUUCGAUGUCGAGUACGAGAAUUGCCCAAUAAGCUCGUCUGCAUGAUGAGCCUACUGUCUCGUUGUGAUCGCAGAUCGACCUCGACGGUCAUGGUCUUGAUAGUCAGCCACUUUUGUAAAUAGUAUGCAGUUCUUCUUAUUUUUAAGAAGCAGAAGCAAAUUCGAUGUGGAGAAAAACAGAAAUGAUUCCGGUCUUGCGGAACAAGAUGAAGUUUCUGACUCAACUUCAAAAGCUUUUAUCCUCCGACCUGGCCUUGGAGGUCACGACGACUUUCAGAAC